CCAAGCACAAGCACCAAGCACUCCAUAAUCCGUUCCAUUGUGAACAAACGACAUUUUGAUAUUUUUUUGGUGUAUUGCCAUGCCAGUCACUACGAUCAAUAUUAUUUAUUUCUUAUUUUAAUAUAAUUUUUCGGGAAUGUUGUAGAUAAUAUGCCUUUUAACGAUUUUAAACAUUUUUGAAGACGGAAUUUGGAUCGGAAUUGUGAGUUCGUGCAAAGUUUGAGGCGAGAUGUCGGAGCAAUUUUCUUUGCGGUGGAACGAUUUCCAUACAAAUUUAUCGCAGUCCUUCCAAGCUCUGUUGGAAGGCGAAGACCUGGUGGACGUGACGUUGGCUGCGGGUGGACAGUAUGUCCAUGCACACAAGCUCAUCUUGUCGGUUUGCAGCCCUUACUUCAAACAACUAUUCAAGAUGAACCCGUGUGACCAUCCAAUUGUGAUAUUAAAGGAUGUGGCUCACCAUGAGCUGCGGCAGCUGCUACAGUUCAUGUACCGUGGGGAGGUGCAUGUGCGCCAGCAAGAGCUCUUUGCCUUCCUGCACACUGCGGAGAUGCUUCAAGUCAAAGGGUUGACUUCAGGUAGAGAGCAUAGCGAGUCGCCGCCGCCAGUGUCUGACGAGAACAAAGGGCCCGAGGUCCCGGAGCCGUCGGGCGACAGCCAGAGCGAGUGGGUGCCCGGGGGAGAGGACACCAUAGCGACCGAAGCACCCGCAGAGUACCCCCCCGUCGCCGUCCUCGAUGACGCUACGCGCAGCCCGCUCAAGCGGUUGCUUAAAGAUACACCCAAUAGGAACAGCUGUAACAUAAAGAAGAAGUCGCGAUCCAUUUACAACAGUCCAACGCACAUUGAAAAUACAGAAUACGCUUCAGACGGCGAGCCAUUGAUCGACUUUGACACUGAUGUAUACAAUAAUGUGCUGGUUAUGCCGGAAUCUGCUAAGGAAUCGGGGUGGAACUGUAAAACGGGUGGUGUGAAAUGCCCGUCCUGUCACCGGUUCUUCGCGAACCGGUACAACCUGAAGGUGCACAUUCGCGACAAGCACGACACGCGCGAGGGCACGCUGCAAUGCGACAUUUGCCAGAAGCGUAUGCGCAACCCCUCGUGCCUGCGCGUGCACAUGUACCACCACCGCAAGCAGGCCGCCUACCUCGCCCAACUCGCCACGCAGCAUCAGCACGGGGACCAAAUGAGACAUGUCGUACAAAAAAUGGUGGGCAACAACUGGCGCUCUGACUCACCCAUUGCUAAGGCGGACCACAAGGAUAGCGGAAACUUAUCUCCGCCGACACCGACGCCGGCAUCGACGCCGACGCCGACGCCCUCGCGAGCCGCAGCCUCCGACACUGCCGACGACGACAACGACUCUGUUGGGGCGGCGGCGGCGACUGCGGCGACGGCCGAGGCCGUGCUGCCGAAGCGCGAACCGAGCGCGGAGGCUGUAUGAUAUAGGGCCAAAGUUCGCGCCAUCCGCCAGCGCCGGCCCGAACCCCGCGCCGCGCCGACCGAGCCCC